CUUCUUCAUACUCUCUCUCUCUUCUCUUCUUAUCUUGUUUCUCUCUCUUCUCGCGCAUAGUUUCUCUCUCUUUCUUAAGACACACCGAACAAUCCGCGACGGAGGCUCCGACCCGAACCGGACGAGUUGAGUCCAGCUCCUAGCACGUUCUCGUGCUUCUGCCUCGGUCGCAUUUCGCUCCCAUUCUCCCAGAUUUUCUUCUUCUCGUUUUCGCCAUUGACGCUGAAUCUGUUUGGGAUUUUAGGGUUCUGAAGUUUCUGCGUCUGAUUCUGUUGGAUGUUGAUUUGGAGGAGAGGGAAAGAUACAGAGGGUUAGGGUUUUCUCGAAAGCAUUGAUUUUUAUUUGGGAAAUAAGAGGAUAUAUUUGAGACAAGAAAGAAGGUUAGUGUUAGAGGAUAAUGUGUAUACUGUGUGUGAUUCAGAAGUGGUCUCGCCGGGUUGCUACAAUGCUACCUUGGUUGGUUAUUCCGUUAAUUGGUCUCUGGGCGCUUUCUCAGCUUCUGCCGCCGGCGUUUCGGUUUGAGAUCACUUCGCCUCGUCUGGCUUGUGUAUUUGUGUUGUUGGUUACUCUCUUUUGGUAUGAGAUUUUGAUGCCUUGGUUGUCGGCUUGGCGUUUGCGGAGGAAUGCUCGGCUUAGGGAGAGGAAGAGGUUUGAGGCCAUUGAAAUGCAGAAGUUAAGGAAGACAGCUACGAGGCGGUGCCGCAACUGCUUGAGUCCCUACAGGGAUCAGAACCCUGGUGGGGGUCGGUUUAUGUGUUUUAAUUGUGGUCAUGUUUCCAAGAGACCAGUUUUAGAUUUGCCUGUUCCGCCAGGGUUGGGGAUUUCAAAUUCCAGUAUAGUUAAGGAGUUGGUUGGAAAAAGUGGUAAGAUAUUAAAUAGCAAGGUUUUGUCUGAAAAUGGGUGGAUGUGCAGUCAGGAUUGGCUGGAGAACAGCAAUUGGGUUGGUGGGUCUAUUCCAGGUAAUCCUAGCAACUGGAGGACAAAUGAGAAUGCUGGUCUUUUUGGAGGAGAUGAGCAUUGUUUGACAGAGAGGUCAUAUUGCGGUAUUUUGUUUUUUGUUUGCAAGCUUUUGACAUCUUUUUUCUUGAGCAUUAGAUGGCUUUGGAGAAAGACUUUUAGAGUUAGUUCAAGGGAAGAGUGUUCGUCUGAUGCUGAACAUAGGGCACUCUUGGCAAAACGGGGUGAGAAUGGGGCAAGCCUCGAUGAAAGUAGAGGGGAAAAAGCACGCAGGAAAGCUGAGGAGAAAAGGCAGGCUAGGCUAGAAAAAGAACUUUUGGAGGAGGAAGAAAGAAAACAGAGGGAGGAGGUUGCAAGAUUAGUGGAGGAACGUAGGAGGCUGAGAGAUGAGAAAGUGGAAGCUGAAAAAGACCACAGCAGAGCAUCAAAUCUCAGUAAAGAGAAAGAGAGAAGGAAGGAAGCUGAAAGGAAGCGUCAGGAAAAAAGAAAAGAGAAAGAUAAGGGGUCUAGUAAGAGCAACUCUGAUGUAGAAGAAUUAGAAAGAAAAGCUGGCAAGGAAAGUGAACGGAAGCGGGACCUUGACAAAAAGAGUGAAAUGGAUCGUAGAGAGCAUCAUAAAUCUGGGUUAGAGAGUGGCAAGGGACAGGGUACUGACAAUGCACAUAAUAAAAAUGCCACAGCAAACAAUUAUAAUCGAGGAGGUACUGGAACAAGGUAUCUUGACCGCAUGAGGGGUACAAUUUUGUCCUCUUCAAAAGCGUUUGGUUUUGGAAGAGGUACUAAUAUUCCUGCCACUGUGGUGAAAGAAAACAAGUUUAACAGUUCUGUAGAUCAUGUUCAUACUGCUGCUAGCAGGAGAGAAAUAGGUCCUCCUGAGCGUCCAACUGCAAAAUCCCAUUUGAAUGGAGAUGAUAGGAAUAUCAAUCACUCUGUACUCCCUGAACCACAGCCAUGGACAGCAACACCAAAAAAGUCAUGGCAGCAAUUAUUUACUCGAUCUUCAUCUGUUCCUCAAUCUUCAAAUUCAAACGUAAUAUGUAGACCAAAUUCCAAAAUUCAGGCAGAAGUGAAAAGUCCUCAGUUAUCUGGCCAGACGCCGGUUACACAAUCAUUUACUAAUCCAAUUCAGUUUGGUCUUCCAUCACCAUUUGAUAUUUCUACCUAUCCAAGUGGAUCAACAAGUAGUAGUUUAGGUUUUUCUCCUCCUAUUGAACCAUUUUUUUCCCCAGUUGGAAAUACAUCACAUGACUUUAGACAAGAUGAGCAAGAGCUUUUUGAAGACCCCUGUUAUGUUCCAGAUCCGGUAUCCUUGCUUGGGCCUGUUUCUGAGUCCCUAGAUAAUUUUCAGUUGGACUUAGGAACUGGCUUUGGGACAGACAAUGAAGUGGCAAAACCUCACUCUUUAAAAAACAUAUCUCCUGCUUCUGAUGUUAGUAAGCCAUCUCCAAUUGAGUCCCCAUCAUCCCGAGAAAAGCAUGGCUGUUCUAAUUGGUUUCCUAGUACCCCCAAGGGCCAAGAAAAGCAUGGUUUUCCUCUGGAUGAUGCAGCUGCAAAUGAGAAGGGAACAUGGCAGAUGUGGAGUACUUCACCACUUGGGCAAGAAGGUUUAGGUUUGGUUGGUGGCCCAGGAAGCUGGCUUUUAUCCUCACAAAGGAACAUACAAAACAAGGAUGAUUUUAUGCUUCCGUCAUCUCAGAAGACUAUGGCUUCUCUUUUUAACAAAGAAGAUAAUAUAAUAUCUGGUACCCAUUCUCCACAAAAUGUUUUUCUUCCUAAUGGUCAAACUGGCGGGAACUUCAGCCCUGUUACAGGAUCAAGUGGUUAUGAUCCGUGGUUACAGAGUGCUCUCUUCCCACCAUUAUCAGUUGGCCUUGCAGCUCAGGAGGGAGCUACUCAAAAUGAAAUUAUAUAUGGUAGUCCUAGUGGAUCUGCUAGCAGCCAUGUGCUUGAGGGUUCUCCGGCUAACUGUUGGUCCAUGAAGGAAUGGCCUGUACAUGGUUCUGUGGAAAGCGUUGGGAAGUCACCAGUUUCAAGGCCCUAUAAUGGAGGUCUACAUCCAACCUCAGAUGUACAGUCAUUUUGGUCAUUUGAUUAAAAAAAAGGUGAUAGUGACAGGUUAUGUGGACUUGAUAAACCCAACUGUCCUCGAGGCAAAUAGCCUCCUUUGGGGGAAGAGUUUAGAAUACUGAACCCAUUGUAUCUUCCUUCUUUUCCAAGGAAGAUUGAUGUUUACUUAACGUUAGCGUCAAUAGGAAUACAUGGAAUACAUGUUGGAUGCAUUAUGAGCAAGGCAUCAAGAGAGGUGCCCCCCAUUUUGACGUCAAUUUGUCCUUUGGAGAAUGGUGCUUCACAUUCCCACUUGUGUCACUGUUCAAAUAUGCAGAGCAAUUGAUGUCUUAAUGAGAAAUGAACUGACACUAACAUGACCCUCUGCCAAUGAUAUAUAGUCUUUCUUCUGUAUGUCUCAUUAUUAUCAGUUGAGCUGCAUCUUUGAUCGCAUUGUGCACAAAGUUGGCUGUGAUCUGACCCAGUUUUAAUAUAAUCUUAGCUUUAAUUGCCUGGUAGCAGACGUUUCAGUUUGGUUAGCGUGGGGGCACCCCGUAAUGGUAUUGAGGAGAGCAUAAUUUUUCAACCUGACGUUAUUAAACUGAAUAAUUUUUCCAUCUAUAAUUAAAUAAGGGGCACAUAAUAGAUAUAAACAUGUUAAAUAUUAACCUUGUCCCAUAUGCAAUAAAAAUGAUAGGUGUUUAUUCUCAAUUUAAAUUGUCUAUCAUUAUUUAUAAUGUUUUUUUAUUUAAACAAUAUUAUUUUAUAAUAUUUUAUGUAAAAACCAUUUAAAGAGGAUUUAUAAUGACAUUUUAAAGUGGUAAUAGGCUCAGUUAACUAAAUGAUUAGGAAAAAAAAAUGGACAUUUGCAUCUUCAAUAUUU